AUGGAUAACGCAAACUUGUGGACUCGCCGAUCCAACACCUCGAAGCUGUCUUUAUCUAUGGCGGGGACGGACGGCAAAGAAGGUGGCGCCAGGGUUGAGAUUCCCCGCACGUCGAAACGUUUUGGUCCAGAUAGUUCCCACGGUCGAUCGAAUCCUUUUAACGCCUUAUCUCCUCUAUCAGGUGGCGUCUCUUCUCCGUCAACAAACGCCUCUUCUGCAUUCGGCCUCGGCUCCGGCGCCUUUGCCUCAUUUGGUGCCCCCAAGACCCCCGGCGGAGGUUCCGACGUCAAAACUCCCGGAGAGAAACGAGACCCGUCCUCGGAGCUGGAAUCGGUAGAGGGCAUCAGGACGAAGGGACCGAUGUCGCUGUCUGGUUCGAAGGAACAUACCCUCAAGUCUACCUGGGUCGUUUGGUACCGUCCUCCCACACCUAAAUACUCCGAUUACGAAAAAUCCACCAUUCCCCUUGCGUCGAUAUCCUCGGUCGAGAGUUUCUGGUCGAUAUAUGCGCACUUGAAGCGACCCUCUCUCCUCCCCACCAUCUCCGACUACCAUAUUUUCAAAAAGGGAAUCCGUCCUGUAUGGGAGGAUGAGGCCAACAAGACGGGUGGGAAAUGGGUGGUUCGAUUGAAGAAGGGGGUGGCGGAUCGGUACUGGGAGGAUCUUCUCCUGGCGAUGGUUGGCGAUCAGUUUGCGGAGGCCAGCGACGAGGUUUGUGGUGCUGUUCUCAGUGUGCGGGGUGGAGAGGAUGUUUUGAGUGUCUGGACCCGGAUCGAUGGAGGGCGAAACAUUAAAAUUAGGGAAACCAUCAAACGUUUGCUGGGCUUCCCGGUCGACACCAAUAUCUCCGUUUCUAGCUAUGCCGAAAUAUUCCACCCAGUCCAGAGAUCUCGAGUUGUACGUUCAUUAGCACGCCAGACCAUUCCACGACCCGGAUUAGGAAUGAGUCGUUUGCGUGGCGACGAGAGGCCCAUGGGUACCAAGGAGCACGAUGGCACCUCUUUCUCUGAUGAGCAGAGACUAUUUCCUCCUUCCACUGCACGACCUGUAAAUACUCUGACAGGGAGAGCUCGAGACAGCGGCCCUGUUCGCGCCCAGGGAAAACAGGGUCGUAUGAGUAACAAGCAGCCGGGCUUUGGUGUUACCCUUCCUCGCCUGGAAAAUACUACAGAUUACGAUACGUCGGAGAGGCCGUCCAAGCGGCGACGUUGUGAUAGCCAAGAUAAGCCAUCGGGGAGAGCCAUCAGUAUCUCGGAUGAUGAUCUACUGGAACCGCCAGUGCCAGAAACGUCGUCUAUCGCGGGAAAUUCGGCACGUCGGUCUUCAGUGUCAAGUCAGCCUUCAGGUAAGACUAAAAGGCCGAAAAAGCGAAGAAAUAACGAGUACCGCGAAGUGGAGCGAAUUUUUAAGGUCCCUAGGCACCAAGUGUCGCCAACAAAAAGACACAAUCUCUGGUCUGGGGAUGAAGAUCAGGAUGAACAGUUCACUGAAAAUGCUGCAAGAGAAAGGCGGUCAGGGAUAUUCAAGCCUGUUGCCAAGUCUAUUGACGUUGAGAAAUCACCUGAAACACCAAUGCACGAGAUAAUGGCGAGUGUCGAGAUAUACGGUCCAAAUGGGUCCAGUGGAAAUAGAGUGCCAGAAGGCCCGCCCCUUCAGAACCCAUUCAUUGCGGCGGACGAGCAGGAUCACAGAUCCGACUCACGAGAGAGCCCUGAUGAGCUACAAGGAGAAGCAACUGUGAAGCCAGUGCCUAUAUUUGUGAGAAGAGGCGGUAAGAAAAAAACCAGUGACGAAUCAGAUAUGGAAGAGCAGCGGCCACCGUGUCGUCUUCAACCGUCUCCGUCCGAUAUCCGACCGACAACCUUUACAAGUGGAUUCUCUCGAAGCAAGGGGAAACUACGGAAAAAUCCAAAGCCAAAGAAAAGCCGCUCUGUGGAUCAGGUGUUCAAGGCGACCUACGUUCGAAUAGGGGCUAUUGAGCGACGACCAUCAGAGGGUGAGACCGUUGACUUGAACAUCAAUCCCACACAAGGUACAAUCACGCUACUUGGAUUUCCAAAAGAUAUGUCCCCAAUCCAACUGAGGAGGGUCACGAAGGUCGAGCAAGGCGAAGAGCCCAGCCGAAAGAUUCGGUUGAGUUUAUCGCGAACGAAUGAGCCCGACGAUCAGUUGCAGUUGGACAUGGAGUUGUCAUCGUCGGAGGCAAAGGGAGAUUUAUGCGCUUUGUUACAAGACCAGGGAGCCAGGGUUUUUUCCAGAGAAGAGAAAUACAUGGACAAAGCAUUCACCCGCAAAAACAAGAGAAUACUGGAUCAAAAGGCCCACGGAUCCAAACACCUCCCGGACCAUGGAACAGGCCAGCGAUCACCAGAGAAAAUGACGAAGCCCGAGGCCUCCAAGAGGGUGAAGCUGUCGGAUGCGCUGCAGGGCCACGAUGGCAAUACUGCCGGACAAAAACAGACGCAUUUGGAUACCGCUCCCGCCACCUUGCCCAGAGCGACCUGUAAUCCUUCUAAUGCUCAACACGAGACCGUUGAAAUCCAAGUUAAGAAGUAUAAGUCACUUUGGUCAUCUCCGAUUCGGGAAACGAGGUCGAUGUCGCGCCGCGCACCCCCAACCACUGUAGUCUGUGAUGAUGGAGACGAAGACCAUGGCCCGCAACCGAAAUCUGACGUGAAUACUGAAAAGUGGCAUACACCGCUCGUGUACCCGCGCUUUGGGAAAAAGAAAGCCGAGGUGGACGUUCAAGAUCGGGAACGUCUCCGCGACAAUGAGUUUUUGAAUGAUAACCUGAUAGGAUUCUACAUACGCUUCCUUGAAGAUCAUCUGGAGCGAAACAAUAAAGAAACGGCGAAAAGGGUCUAUUUCUUCAACUCGUACUUCUUCGCCACCCUAACAAAUUGGUCCAGGGGAAAGAAGAGCGUGAAUUAUGAUGGCGUGCAGAAAUGGACUAGAAACGUCGAUAUCUUCCGCCACGAUUACAUUGUGGUGCCUAUCAACGAAAAUGCACACUGGUACGUCGCCAUAAUAUGUAACCUGCCCAACUUGCCUGGUGUUUCCAAAGAGACUACAACACAUACAGCGCCGGCCGGAGGCGAGGAGCCAUCUUCUCGACCGGAUAGCGAGGUUCGGGAAGUUCCAGAAACACCUGAGCCCGGCGAGGGUAGCGCCAAUGUCACGGAAGAAGUGGGCCGAGAUACAGAGCCUGCCAAAGAGGAACUAACUAGACAAUCUUUGGCAUCAAUGAGUCUGUCAGAUAAAGACAUUCGAAGGGAACUUGGCUCGAAGACGCCUUAUAUAUGUGGCCAGUUGUCUGAAGGACCCCGUUCUAGUUCUUCUCCGGCGAAAGCUUCUAGCCCUGCAAUCAGCACAAAGGCAUCAGAGCAGGCUGACUCUAAGGACGCCCACUUAGGGGUAACAGGUUCCCCUCGAAAGCCAAAGAAACAGAAGAGAAAACCACCAGGGGUCAGACAUGAUGUCCGCCAGCCAAUCAUUAUUACGUUUGAUUCUCUGGACCUGGCUCGUUCGCCCACCAUUAGCAUCCUUCGCGAUUACCUUUACGCAGAGGCCAAGUCCAAGAGGGGAAUUGAGAUUGACAAAUCCAUGAUCAAGGGCAUGACUGCUCGUGGAAUCCCCUUGCAGCCCAAUUACUCCGACUGCGGACUAUAUCUUCUGGCGUAUGUAGAGAAAUUCGUCCAGGACCCAGAUUCUUUCGUCCGAAAGCUUCUCCGGAAGGAAAUGAGCACAGAUGAAGAUUGGCCUCCGUUGAGAUCAGGUCUACUUCGGUUCCGCCUGCGUAAUUUCCUUGACGAGCUUUACGAUGAACAAGACCGACUGAACCCCGAUAAAGCAAGCACACAGCAUGUUAUGGCGGACAAGCAGCCUAUAUCUUUUCUUCUUGGUCCGUCCGCUCCAGACACAGCUGAAAACAAGGACAGGUGUUCGAACGCUCGAAUGCUACAAACCAGUAGGGGCCCGACUACGAUACAGGCGACAUCAAAUAGUUAUCGUUCUAGUAACGGCAGAUCAGCUGCAAAACAGCUGAGGGCUCUAACAACGAGCAGCAUCGACCAACUUACAAAGGAUCCACGAACCAGAGAUCAGCAAUCAUCGGUAGAUGCCAAGCACUCUUUAAGCAGGGCCCUGGAGCCUGACACCGGAGAAGCGACAGCGCAUCCAGGCAGAGGCGAAGCCAUUGAGGUUCCUCAUAGCCAAGAGGAUAUCCAACUUCCCGAUUCACCAUCACAGAAAGCAGACCGUAAAAAAGAGGCUGCCUCACGCUCAAGCGGCAUACAAGCGGUGAGACCAGAGGAUCAGGACAUAGUCCGUGUUGAAGAAGAUGGCAGCGUAGAGGAAUACUCCGGCGUUGAGUCCUCCGCGAAACCGCAGCGUUUCAAGGUACAGGUUACUGGGACGCCUCCGCCAUCCACCGGUGAACGAGGCUCUGGCAAAGGAAGCCCACGAGUGACUAAACACAAACCAAAAAAGGAUGGGGAGUCAUGA